CAUUACAGUACUUGCGGUUCACCAUCUGAAUCAACAAUCAGAGAGAACUAUGAAUGUAUGAUAAAUUGCAUAUUUAUAGAGCACAACCACCACCCAACCUCAACACAAGCAACUACUCGUAUUUACUAAAGACUAUACGUGACUUUCUGAAGUUCUCGUGGCUCAAGCGGUAGUGACACUGACAGUUCAGCAGUUAUGUCAAAUGCUCCACACUUCUUCAAGAUAAUUCUCAACCAUUCUCUGCUAGAUGGGAAGCUUAGGAUCCCUACAAAGUUUUCAAGGAAAUAUGGACAAGGAAUGUCAAACUUGGCAUUUCUUAAGCUCCCGAGUGGUGCAGAAUGGAAAGUAGAAAUGACAGAACAUGAUGGUGAGGUUUGGUUAAAAAAAGGUUGGCAAGAAUUUGCAAAGUAUUAUUCUGUGAAGCAAGGACACUUACUAGUCUUCAGAUAUGAAGGAAAUUCCCACUUCCAUGUACUCAUAUUUGAUGCAAGUGCAACAGAAAUAGAAUAUUCUCUUAAUAGCUCUCAUGUUGAGGAGAGCAAGCUUAAUGAAGAAUUUCAAGGUCCUAAGAUGGAAGAAAUUGAGUGUGAUAGUGCCAUUGAAAUCCUAGGUUGGUUUCCACCAUGCCCAAAAAGAAGGGAUAAAUCACCACUACCAUGUCUUCGACCUCACAAGAAGAUGAAAACUAAUCCAACCGCAAAAGGUCUUAAGGGCAUUUCUACCACUGAGCAAUGCUCGAAUUCUAAGGUUGUUAGAAGGAUCCAGCCACUGAACAACAGCAAAAUAGCUAGAGCUCUUCCGAGAGCAAGUGCCUUCAAACCUAGAGAUCCAUAUUUCAUGGUUGUCAUGCAACCAACGUACUUGCAUCCUAAAUUGUGCUUGAGUAUACCAAUCGACUUUGCGAGUAGAUAUUUGAAUAAGAAGCAUGGGGAUGCCAUCCUUUGCAUUUCUGAUGGGAGAAAAUGGCCUGUUAAGUAUACUUGCCAAAUGUUUGCUACAAAACCAAAAAUUUUCUUCAAAUGUGGUUGGAGAACAUUUGCAAAAGACAAUAAUCUGGAAGUAGGUGAUGUUUGUGUCUUUGGACUGUCCGAGGGCACUAAAAUGUCUUUCAAAGUGGUCAUUUUCCGUGUCAGUGAAGAACAUUGCCUCCCACUGCCAGUGCCAGCUCUUGACAAUGGAGUUAAUCAAGUUGAACCCAAGAGAACUCUUAAAUAUGAAUUUGAGUAUCCUAGCAACCAUGAAAUUGGCAUGUCUAGCUCAGGUUACAAAUCCACAACCAAAUACCUUCGACAUUCUCAAGGAAAUUUCACAACUGAACCUCAAGGAACACAAUCUAUUGACAGGAAGAUCAGUAAGUUAAAGAGAAACUUAAACUUAUCUAGUUCCAUGCGAAGGUUUGAAGGGGGGCUUAAUUUUUCUGCUAAAGAAGAAGGUAGAGGCAUGCCUGAUUCUCCUAGGUGCCCUGAAUCUCAUGGUUUUAGGGAGACGCAAGGACUGACUUACAUUGAAAAAGCUAGAGCACUUAAGAGAGCUUGUGCUUUCAAAUCAGAAAAUCCGUAUUUUAUGAUUGUCCUGCAACCAUCAUACAUUUAUGGCAACAACAACUUGGUUAUACCUCUCGACUUUGCAAAGAAACAUUUCAGUGAGAAGCAUGAAGAUGUCAUCCUUCAAGCUUCAGGAAGUAAAAUUUGGUCUGUCAAAUACAAUUUUAGAGAAGCCUAUGGAAGACAAAAAGCAGAACUUUGUAGUGGUUGGAAGGCAUUUGUCCGAGAUAAUAACUUGGAAGUAGGUGAUGUUUGUGUAUUUGAGUUUAUAAAGGGCAUUGAAAUUUCACUGAAAGUUGUCAUUUUCCGAGACGCUGAAGAUGCAAAUAGGCACCGGGAUCCAGGCAAGUUCAAACAGUGGAUACACAAGGAGAGCAUCAAUAAGCAUGUUACUCAAAAGCCUUCAUCUUCAAGGGCUCUUAAGAGUUGUUGAAGCUCCCCACAAAUUCACCUCAGAGAAUCCCUUCUUUGAAGUCAUUAUAAGGUCAAGUUUUAUGGAGCGUGCAUUGAAAAUACCGUUUAGCUUUAUCAAAAGAGGUAAUAUUACACAUAAACAGAAAGUGAUGCUUCAAGUUGGGGAUAAAUCAUGGCCGGUGAAGUUGUUGAUUUAUCCACAUUUGUUAUCAAGUCAGUUGUCUGCUGGUUGGUUUGCAUUUGCAAGAGAUAAUGGUCUGCAAAUAGGAGAUGUAUGUGUCUUCGAGCUAAUUAAGAGUGAUAAAGUUGUGCUCAAAAGUUUUCAUUUUUAGAGGCCUCAGUUAAACGGUUAGUGUUGUGAUGUAAUUGUCAUUUUGGGAGCUUAUUUAUUUUGUGGUUUUUAUGUUCCUCUUGUUCUGCUCUUUGAUUAAGAUAGAGAUGAUCUUUUUGUUGUAUCUUAGGGCCUCUGGCCUCUCUUUGGACUUAAAUCUAUUAGAAGUACAUUGUAUUUUCGUAAAUUACUUCUACCCAACAAAAAAAGUAGUGCAGUCUGCAGACUGCAUAGACAUUGGAACUAUUGUGAAA